CCAUCCAUCACCAUUCCUGAACCUGAACCUGACUUCAAGCAUGCUCUGGAGUGCAAAGCAGUAAAAACCAGACGGGUUCUUCUCCCACUGUCAGAGUUAUUGUUAGAGUUUGUCGUUCCUUGGAACAGUCAGUCGCGUGCUUCAAUCUCCGCCUCGCUAUCCACCAUUCAUCAUCCCACUAGUUAUUAUAUUUCCCCUUUCCAUAUAUCAAUUAAUCAAUCAAUCAACCAAUCAGUCAACGAAUGGAACGCCGCGCCACACGCUCGUCUGCGAGACAGGCGGCGUUACGCGCAGCUGGACUGCAGGAUGUCAAGCCUGAUAUCAUGAGUGAUGGAGCUAUCUCCCGACGAAAGUCUAGACGAGAGAGUCUGAAGGCUGGGAGUAUAUCUGCCAAAGCGGAACAGCAGAGAGCGGCAGGACGGAGCAAAGUGGUGAAGGGGUCUGCCGCUAAGAAGAGGAAGACUUCUCCUGCGAAGAAGAGGAAGAUGAGGGGGGCUGUCGAGAAAAUGGAGGAUGGUGAUGAGCUUCCGCAUAACCUGGGCUCGAUCUCGAAAGCUACGGGCACUGGUGCGCUUCCCCACAACCGGGGCUCUACUCCGGCGCUUCAGUCGAUCGAGAACAAGAACAAUCACAAACCGCUUUCAAACCCAAACGAAGAAACUCCAGCAGUCAAGGUUGAAGCGUCAGUCCAGGAAAGCGCAGACCUUCCCUCGCAAACCAAAAAUUCCAAGAAAUCAAACACCUACGGCCUCACCCCCGGGGUCAGCCCAUUCCCAGACUGGAACCGCUGCGGCGAGGUGCCCUCGGUGCUAGACGCACUGAUCCGCACCCUCCUCAGCGGCGCCACGACGGGGGCCAACUCCGCCCUCGCGUUCAGCGGGCUCGUCCAGAAAUUUGGCCUCCUGGACCACGGGAUCGGCAAGGGCAGCGUCGACUGGGACGCCGUCCGUCGCGCCUCCCUGCAAGACGUCUUCGAAGCUAUCAAGAGCGGCGGUCUCGCUGCCAUGAAGAGCAAGAACAUCAAGACAAUUCUAGACAUGGUCUACGAAGAGAACCAGCUCCGUCGCGCCAUUCUCGUCAAAGGCGAGGAGGACGCCACAAGCGACCUGGGAAAGAAAUCCACCGGCGGCAAGCUGUACGAGAUUGCCUGCGCGGACCAGAACUUCCUGUCCCUCAACCACCUCCACGACUUGCCCACCGAGGACGCCAUGACGGCGCUCGUCAAGUACCCCGGGAUUGGGCCCAAGACAGCUGCAUGUGUGCUUCUCUUCUGUCUGCAGCGGCCGUGCUUCGCGGUCGAUACGCACAUCUUCCGCAUCUGUAAAUGGCUCGGCUGGGUGCCGCCAACGAAGGCCACGGAGAUUACGGCCUUCAGCCAUUUAGAAGUGCGCAUACCAGACCGUCUUAAGUACUCGCUUCAUCAGCUUCUGAUCCGUCACGGUAAGACCUGUCCACGCUGUCGCGCCAUCACCGGGCAGUCGUCGGCGAGGUGGGACGAGGGCUGUGUAAUUGAUCAUUUGGUGAAGCGGACGGGGAAGCGCAAGGGAUAG